AUGCUUAAUUUAAAAACAAAAAAACAUUCAUUCUCAAUCUAGAAAAGACAAUAUUGGACUCAAAAUGAUAAUAAAUUAUUAGAAAAGGUUGUUAAACUUCAUAAUUCAGAUUCGAAAACUAUAUUGUUAGAAGAAAUGGAAGUUAAUGUUCAUUCUAAUUCAUUGUUUUUAUCUAUUUAUUUAUCAAAGAUAAUAUAACUUUUUUCUCUUGCAUCAUAGAAUACAUUUACAUAAUAAGGAAGCAGUUGUUAUUGUUUGAAUGGAUAUAUUGAUGAAUUUACAUUAGAUUGUAUAGGUAAGUUAUUUAUUAUAUCUUAUUAGCAAACAUAACUAAUCCUUGA